AUGCCAACUUCCAUCUCCAGCAUUCUCCAUCGCCUCCAGCCCAUGACAAAGAUCAUCCUAACAGGCGCAACCGGUACUGCCGGUUCCGCGAUCCUCUCGGCGGCCCUCUCCUCUCCACGCAUCUCGCACGUGACGGUCCUCGGCCGCCGCGCCCCACCAGUUGAAAGCGAGAAGCUCACCUCUCUCCUCCUACCGUCUGAAGAAUGGGGGAGCUUUGACGCGAUCAAUCCGGCACUCGUUGAGCGGUUGCGGGGGUACGACGCAGUGAUAUGGGCGCUGGGUGCGAUGAGGACACAAGUCCAGGCCGGGGAAUACGAGCCCAUCACACGUGACUUCACCCUCGAGGGUGCGCGUGCAUUUGCCGCCUUGGGGACAGCAGAUAAGCCCCUCCGCUUCGUCUUCAUCACCAGUAUGGGGGUCAGCCAGGCGCCGGGGUGGUUUGCCCCGGCGUAUGUUCGGGUCAAGGGAGAGACAGAGGCGGCGCUGCGUCGAGCGGAGGGGAUCCGGGCCGUGUUCGUGCAUCCUGGAGGCAUACUUGCCACAGAAGAGCGACGCCCAGAGCUGAUCUGGUACAACCGCGUGAUCCUCGACGCGCUGUCGUACGUCUGGCCCAGCGGGGUAAUUCACGCGACUAAGCUCGCGCAGGCAUGUCUCCGCCUCGCUACAGGAGAGGGAUGGGAGCUGCGCAACCCCGAGGGAGCCGUGGAGAACGACGACCUGAAGCGCCUCGCCUUGGGGUACGAGGGCAGCCCAGACCCGGGGUCAGAAUAG